AUGGCGCUCAGCGCAAGACUCAACGCCAGCAUGAACGGCGGCGGCCUGUCCGAGGCUCAGCUCCGCCCCUUCUUUGCAGCCCUGUGUGGCCUCAUCCUGCUGGCAGGCUUGCUGGCCAAUGGCCUGAUGCUGACGGUCCUGGGCAGGGGCUCUGGCUCCAGGGGCCAGGCCCCGGGGCCGCUCCUGGCUCUGACCAACAGCCUCAUGGUGAACAUCACGCUGUCGGAUCUGGCGUUCCUGGCUUACGUGGUCCCCGUUCUGCUGCUGACCUUCCUCCGGAGGGCCUGGUGGCUGGGACCUGCCGUGUGUACCAGCAGCCAGAGUUUCAACACGGGCACCAUGUUCUGCACUUUCUACAGCAUGGUGGCCACCGCCUUCCUGCGCUACACGGCCGUGGCCUUCCCCAGCGUGGUGUUCCCGGCCGGCCGGGCGGCUCGGCUCCUGCUCUGCGUGGCCAUGUGGCUCCUGGGUUUCUCUGUGUCUCUGCCCAACUGGCUGUACCAGAAAGUGGUGGAGGAGGGCAAGGAAGAGGCGGGCUCUGAGCCGGGGCCCGCGUGCCUCAUGCUCCUGGGUCCUGGCCAGACCUCCUGCUAUUUCGCCCUCCUGGGGGCCCUGGCCUUCCUGCCCUUUGCGGGCGGGCUGGUGCUUACUUUCACGCACCUGGGCUGGCUCCUGUGGGGUCCGGCGCGGCCCCCCGAUGUCCAGCAGCACCGAGAAGCCACCGGCCUCAUCUUGGUGGUCCUGGUGGUCUUUGUCCUCAUGUGGGGGCCCUGCUGUGUGCUGGGCUAUGUGGCUGCCGUCGGAGCCCUGCCCGAUACCUUCCCAGUCUUUGUGGCCACCAGCCUCUGCACCAUCCUGGCCUAUUCCAACUGUGCCGUCAGCCCCAUCCUCUGUUUCUGCCUCUCCAGACCGUUCCAGGCAGGGCUCAGGGAGAUCUUCUCCUGCUUCACCCGGGAAAGGAGAGUCCUAGGACAUGGUGGGGCGGCGCAGGGUCUCCCGGGAGGGGAAAGGGGGAGGGUGGGAGCCCCUGGGGGUCUAUGA